AUGUCAAUUGCCCCAGUCCUCAAGGCUCCUCUUUCAAAAUCAUUGCGAAUCGCACUUAUUCAACUCAAAGCCGGUGCAGAUAAGCUGGCAAAUCUCGCCAAAGUCACUAAAUUCAUUGAAGAUGCUACGUCUAGAACACCCAAGGUUGAUCUAGUUAUGUUACCGGAGUGUUUCAAUUCACCGUACGCGGUAGAUCAAUUUGCCAAUUAUGCCGAAUCGAUUCCAAAGGGUGAGACAACCGAACUUUUGUCUUCACUUGCAAAGAAACAUGGUGUUUUCAUUAUUGGUGGAUCUAUACCUGAAUUAUCACCAGAUCGUAAAAUCUACAACACUUCAUUAACAUUCAACCCCGAGGGGAAAAUAAUUGCAAAACACCGCAAGGCCCAUUUGUUUGAUAUUGACAUCCCCAACGGUAUUACUUUUCAAGAAUCUCUUACGUUGACUGGUGGCGAUAAAGCCACCGUCUUCAAAUUGGGUGAGUAUGGUAAUGUUGGUUUGGGAAUAUGUUACGAUAUCAGGUUCCCUGAAUUGGCCUCAAUUGCGUCACGUAGUCCAAAUAAUGCCUUUGCCAUGUUUUAUCCAGGUGCAUUCAACACAACUACAGGUCCCUUACAUUGGCACCUCUUGGCACGCGCAAGAGCAGUGGAUAACGAAACUUUUGUUGUUUUAUGCUCACCUGCGAGAGACGUUGAAGGUGGUGGCUACCAAGCUUAUGGUCACUCCUUAGUUGUGGACCCCUUGGGUAAUAUCAUAGCCGAGGCUGGUGAGGGCGAGGAGAUUUUGUAUGCCGAGUUGGAUGAGAGCUUGUUGCCAAAAGCUAGAGAAGGUAUUCCAGUCCACUAUCAAAGAAGAUUCGAUAUCUAUGGUGACUUUGUAGGCGACGGAACCGCUAAAGUAAGUGAUAUAUAA